CAACCCUAACUUCGACGAUGCUCUCUUCAGUGCAACCCCAACUCUGGUCUGUGUGGUGUGAACUCCAGUGAACGUUCUCGCUCUCUUUGUGCCCGUUCCACUGAAUUUAACUGUGACUAGAACGAUCUUUGGAAAGCAUUCCCGUUCAGGAGUUUCUUCAAGUAAUACGCACAGUAAGCUCGAUUACUUUUGGAGUUGUAUCGACAACAACCUUAACGAACAUUUAGGAAUUUUCAUGGAUAAUUUCCACGUGGUUUUCUGAUCUUCGAGUCGGUCGUUUGAGAGUCCAUGACAACCAACUGUUCGUCGAGAAAAUUUCCAUACCAUAAGCUGAGGUCAAACUAUACGCAAUCAGUGUUCCUCGUAUAUUUACACGCGUAACUAUUUAAAUACACGUGAAAUUUUCAAACUUUAAUCCAGGAACCAGUUGAUACAAACCACCCGAGCGUUAGCCUCAACAUCUUAACCAGUAUUAGCUAGGGACCUUAUCGGACCACCGAAAGAUCUCUCGCAAGUUCCCCUAAACUUUUCGCAAAUCUGAAGGAGUUUCCGUCGCGCUGGGGCGCGUCCCACCAGAAAUCUUUGGUAAAGAUUGAGUGUAGCAACAAGAUGAUUGUCUGCUGUGCCAGUUGCAACAAGCCAAUCACUGGCAAGUUCUUGUUGACGGUGCUCAACAGGACCUGGCACGCCGAGUGUGUGCGCUGCGGAGACUGCGGAGCUACCCUCUCCGAGAAAUGCUUCAGCAGGGACGACAAGCUAUACUGUAGAAAAGACUUCUACAGGAGAUUCGGUACCAAGUGCUGCGGCUGCGGCGAAGGCAUCCCGCCUCAAGACAUGGUGCGCAAGGCACGCGAUCAGGUCUUCCAUCUCAAGUGCUUCACUUGCUACGUGUGCCGCAAGCAGCUUGCUACCGGCGAAGAACUUUACGUGCUUGCUGAGAACAGAUUUAUUUGCAAGGAUGACUUUAUCAACAGCAAGUUCCUCUCCGCUGAAACAGACACGUUCAUGAUGGAGGACGACGACACGAUGAUUAUGGACACGGUGGACACGCCAUCAGAAUUAGGUCCCCUCACUUCCCCUCCCUCGUCAGAGGCGAACUUCGUCAACCCUCACACACCCUUAACCCCUGCAACCCCUAAAACACCAACCCCACUCCUCAACACCCCAGGACCCACCACAGAUCUUGACAAGCCCCUCGGUCUGCCCCACCUCAAAGAGGAGGACGAACAUUCAGAAGACGAGAUCGACUCCGAAAAAGGAUUAGAUGAUGACAAGACUGAUGACGACAAAGGUGGCAACAAAAGGCGGGGUCCCCGCACUACGAUCAAGGCCAAGCAACUCGAGGUGCUCAAGAACGCCUUCAACAAAACCCCCAAGCCCACACGCCACAUCCGCGAGCAGCUUACCAAGGAGACCGGGCUGCCCAUGAGGGUCGUACAGGUGUGGUUCCAGAACAAGCGCAGCAAGGAGCGGCGCAUGAAGCAGCUCUCCCAGAUGGGGAUGCGCCCACACCUUUUCAACCCCCGCAAGCUGCGCGACCUCCCCCUGGGGAUGGAGGAGGCCUAUGGUUUCUUCCAGGGCUACGGAGGCUUCCCCCACCAACAGUUUCCCCCGUACUUCGGCCCCCAACAGGGCCCCAUGGGGUACCAGAACAUGGGCCCAGGCUUGGAACAACCCCUGCCCGCGGGGGGGCCGAUGGGAGGCUCAGAUUUCCCCCCAGGUAUGCCCCCCCUCCCCAUGCUCCCCACCCCCGGAGGGGAAGCCUUCGUUCACCACCAGCACCUCCCACCCAUGACCUCCCCCGACGACCCCUCCCUCCACGGCAGUAAGUCCGUUUCCUUUCCUUUUUUCCAGGUUCGGGAAAUUUUAGUGAUCGACAGAACGAAAUAAUGGUUUGGUAACCCCACGCUCGAUCACACACAUCGAUCACACAGAUCGAUCACACACGUCGAUCACACACGUCGAUCACACAGAUCGAUACUAAGCAGAUAAUACAGUUAGAUCAAGUAGCUCGGUUACUCAGCUCGAUCACACAACUCGAUCAACAAUACAGAUCACACAUGCAACUCUAUCCUAUAUAGAGCUUCGAUCAGCUGACCUGUGAUGGACAAUCUUGCUCUGCUUGAUCGAAAUGGCCUUUUAACACAGAGAAAUUUCCCUGCUUGUUUUUUGUAUAUUGUAAAGAAUUCAUUUAUGGAGCUUUAUUUUGAGAGUUCUGUGAGCUUCAAUUAGAAUUUAUGUUUAAACUUUACCAGGAAAAUUUAUUAACAAUGGAAAAAAUCUCCAUUAACCUACUGAAUCAUUAAAUAUCUUAGGUUGAGGAGUUACCGAAUAAUGUGAAGAAAAGUGAUGAAGUAAGAGAUAUGAUGAGAUGAAAAUGAGUUAGAACCAAACCGGCAACAAUUAAACGAAGAAAAAUAUAAUAUUCAUCAUCUGCUUUGUAUUUUUUUAACAUUACUGUAAAAAUUUUAGGCAAUUAUAAGUGAUAAUACGGGAUAAAUGCUUUAGAAUUAGCAGAAAUUCAUAGAUAAUAAAAUAUUUUCAUGAGUCGUCUGCACUCUGAAUAUGCAGCCAUAAAAUAAAACUUGACUUCAUUAAUUACGUUUUUGUAAAUUAAUGUCCAUGUGUCCUCAUAACUAAGACCUUUGUUUGGGACUUUCAAACGCCUUUGUCAGCCUAGUUUAAUUAUUUGUGCACUAAUAUCAAUGAUACGGUAUCUUUAUUUGUCGGUUAUUCAUAUAUCGCGCGUCAUUCUGGUUUCUCAGCAUAUAACUUUUUGAUCACACUUCAUCCUUCCACAUUCUUCAAUAAGAAAAUUUUGAUUAUUUCGUAUUCAAUUCAUCAUACAUCAGUUCCUCUUGCUUGUUCAUAUCAUAAUACAUCAUUAUUGAACAUCGCAACAUCAAUUAUGAAACCAUCAUCAUUUGAGUAUUUUUACAGCUUCAAUUCAUCGUAAUUCAUUUGACUCACUUUAUUUAGCUCCAAUUUUAAUCAUUUCGUGUUUAUUUAGUUUCAAUUAUGUUAAAUAUAUAUUAACUAUGUGAUUGAACGUUGAUGGCUACGUAUCUGCCACUAACCUUGUCUUCUGCUUAACAAUAACAUUAAUAUUAAGAAGAGGAUUAAUAAGCUGGCCGCCAAUGUAGAGCCGAAUAUGUAAAUAAGAUUUGUUAUUUAGUCUAAUUUCUUACGGGAAUUAGUUUGCGGUUCUCUAAUUUUGAUGUUUUCAUGAAUGAGUUUAGUGCAUAAAAGUUUAGAAUUCUUAGUGAAUGUCCGUGAAUUGCUCAAAAUUGUAUUUGUAAAUGUUACACUCAUUUCAUUCGGGUUGUCGAUUGUCAAAUUAAAUUUACUUUCAUGGUCUGUCUCUGAGAAGUCAUGAAUGUUAAGCAGUAAUACGCACGCUCUCUUUGACCAAUGCACUCAGUAAUCGUUGAAUAUUUUUAUCCAUGAAGCUCUCUAAUAAGACCAAUAUUUCAUUGAAAUUCAGAUCGUGUCAAAUGACUCGCACUUAUUGUUCACGCUCAGUAAAAAUAUUUUCGUUCGCGAAAUUGUUACGUUGAAUCGCACAAAACUUGACGUCGAACAUGAAAAAAUGCAUGUGUACUCUGAAUCCGGUCCAUAUUUUCUAAAUUUUCUCUUUCAGUUUAUGAUAUAAAUUCGUAUUGUUAUAUCACGCAAACGCUGAUUGACGUACAAUAGUUCCUAUCCCAUAUCACGCAAAACUAUUAGUUGUUAAAGGCACCUUGCUGGUGAUAGCCUCGAGCUAUCGUUCAGUGAAGGAAAGCUUCUAAAAUCACUGGUAAUGAAAUAAGAAAACUGGGAUAAAUUCUGCAGUGAAGUUAGUUUGGUUGUAAGGUUAUCAUUGGUUGUUCUGUAGAGACGUUAUUCUUAGGUUAUUCAAGUGUAUAGAGUUAUUGUUUGAUGUGUAAAGCGAUAGGAACUCUUCAAGUGUAUAUAUAGUGAGUGUUUGUAUAUAAGAAUAGACUGAUGCGUCCAUCUAAUGCAGUGUGUCAUGUACCAUGAGAGCGAAUACACGCUGCAAUCUCC